AUGGAAAAUUUGAUUGGGAGUGAUGAUGAUAAUGCAGAGUAUGAAGGGGAUGGAGAAUCUGAAGAGGGUAAUCAAGAGUAUGAAGAGGAUGAUGAAUCUCAAGAAAGUGAUCCAAAUUUUGAAGAGUAUGAUGAAUCUGAAAAUAGUGAUCCAGAGUAUGAAGAAGAUGAGAGACAAAUAGAAGAUGAAGAUCAUAUGGAUGACAUAAUGGAUGUUGACAACAAUAUACAGGAUGUGGAUGUGGACAUGGGAGACUUCACUCUCAAUGUUGAAAGUGAUGUGGAAGGUUCUUGUAUAAAUGUUGUUCAUGGGCAUGAACCUGAAGAUAUGGAAGUGAUUAACAAUGAGGAAUUUGAAUCUUUGGAUGAAGGAUCCGACCAAGACAGAGAGAGAAGAGCUCUUAUCAAGAAUUUGAGAAAAGAAAAAAGGUGCAGUCUUGGGGUAGUACAUAAACAAUCUUUUUCAGUUGGAGAUAAAUUUAAUAGUAAAAAAGAAUUAAAGGAGGCAAUUGAUCUGCAUGCACUAGAAUCAAGAAGGAAUCUUUUCUUUAAAAAAAAUGACAAUGUAAGGCUUAGGGCACAGUGUAGAGGUGUUGUACCUGUCACCAAUAAAGGCCAAGUGGGUAGUCAAGCUACCACUUCAAAAAGAAAGGGUAAAGAAUUAAAGACACAAAAAGUAACAUGUGGUUGGUACAUUCAUGCAUCUAGGUCAAAUCCUGAAUCCGACUGGUUUAUAAGGACCUUAAACCAAACUCACACAUGUUUGCAAACAAGGAAACUCAGGGCUUGUACUGCUUCUUUAAUCAGCAAGAAAAUCUUUGAUCAAGUUGAGGCGAAUCCAGAUAUACCUUUGAGAGCUAUACAAGAUCACUUUCAAAAGACCUACCAAGUGGGUGUUAGUAUGGACAAGGUGUUCAGGGCAAAGGAUAAGGCAAGAAAGCAUGUAACUGGUGACUACACAAAGCAGUAUGAACUGUUGAGGGACUAUGUUCUCGAACUUCAAGCCACCAACCCAGACACCACAGUGAAAAUAGAUGUAUGUUCUGAGCCUAACCCUGAUUCCCCAACUAGGCAGUUUAGAAGAAUUUAUGUGUGCUUGGGUCCACUGAAAAAAGGGUUCAAGGCAUGCCUUAGGGACUUAUUAGGUUUUGAUGGUGCCUUCAUGAAAGGACCAUUCCCUGGGCAAGUCCUUUCAGCAGUUGGUCUUGAUUCCAAUAAUGGAAUUUACCCAUUAGCAUAUGGGAUUGUUGAGUCUGAAAACACAGAAAGCUGGAAAUGGUUUUUAGAUAACCUUGGGGAUGACUUGGACCUUGGAAGAAACUCAAAUUUUACUUUCAUAAGUGACAGGCAAAAGGGUUUACAUACUGCAGUUGAGCAAAUUUUUCCCAAUGCUGAGCAUAGAUAUUGUAUCAGACAUAUUCAUGACAAUAUGAGGAAAAGAUGGAGGCAAACAGAGUACAGGGACCACUUAUGGAGGUGUGCAUCAGCUACCACCAUUCCUGAGUUUGAACAUUUGAUGAAGGAGUUUAGUCAGUAUGAUAAGGAGGCAUGUGAAUGGUUGAAGCAAAUUCCUCCUAAACAUUGGGCAAGGAGUCAUUUUUCAGGAAGAGCAGUUUCUGAUGUGUUGAUAUCAAACAUGUGUGAAGUGUUUAAUGGGAAGAUAGAGAAAGGAAGGGAUAAACCUGUCAUUGGAUGUUUAGAAUUCAUAAGGGAGUAUCUAAUGAAGAGGAUAUGCAAUGUCAUGAAGGAAAUGAAAAAGGCUAAAGGUCCACUAACACCCACAGCAACAGACAUCCUAGCUGCAAGAAAAACAGUUGCUUCACAAUACAUUGCUAGGUGGAAUGGGGGAGACAAGUAUCAAGUCACAGGAGCUUUGCAGGAUCAACAUGUGGUUGAUGUUAGGAACAAAACAUGCACUUGCAGAAAAUGGGAAUUAAUUGGAAUUCCAUGCAGACAUGCAAUUGCAACUCUGAAUGAGAUGAGUAAAGACCCAGAGGCUGAGCUUGACAUUUACAAAUGGGUUCACAAGGUGUAUUUUCUAGAGACAUGGAAAAAGGCUUAUUCUUUUAAGGUGGAGCCAAUUAAGGGUAGAUCCAUGUGGCCCAAAAGUGAAUGUCCCACAAAGCUAAUCCCUCCUCCACAUCGCACUCAGGUGGGAAGGCCUAAGAAAAAGAGAAGACAAAGUGAGGGUGAAAGGUUAAGCAAAAAGCAGAAGGCAAGUCAAGGUGAUGGAGUGAAUGCUGCACAAGAAGGAGGUUCCCAAAAACCAACAAAUGAUGGAGUGCAGAAGCUAUCAAGGAAGCAUAUCAGUGUUACUUGUAGCAAAUGCAAGAACAAGGGACACAACUCUAGGACCUGUAAAGGGCAAGGUGGGAAUCAAUCCAAGAAGUAA